AUGAGCUUCCAGGCCCCGCCCACACUCGUGGAGGUGGCAAAGCAGUGUCUGCUGGGUGAUGAGGCUGUGGCCAUCUCUGCUCUUCAGUACCUUCCCAAGAGGUUCAUCCCUCCUCUGUUUAUGGAGGCCUUCACUGGCAGGCGCCUGAAAGUCCUGAGGGAGAUGGUGGCAGCCUGGCCCUACCCCUGCCUCCCUGUGGGGGCCCUGAUGGAGAAACCUCACCUGGAGACCUUGAAGGCUGUGUUGGAUGGAGUAGAUAAGCUGUUGAGACACAAGGUUCACCCAAGGAGCUGGAAACUUCAAGUACUUGAUUUGCGGACUGUGCAGCACAGCUUCUGGAACACGUGGGCUGGAAUGGAGGAUGCUGGCUCCUCAGCACAGGCUGUGAGUGACAAGCAAAUUGUGAAGGACCUUCCUAGAUAUGCUCUGCGGAGGCGGCUCAAGGUCUUCACUGACCUUUCCCUCAGGAUCCAUCUCAGUGAAUACCAAACAUACUUGUUGCAGUGGGCAGAGCAGAGGAAAAGUUCCCUGAAGCUGUGCUGUCCCAAGAUGCAGAUUUGUGCUUUGCCUGUGGACAGAAUCCUGAAGGUACUGACCAUCAUCCAGCCAGAAUUCAUAGAGGAGUUGGAACUGUUUUCAGGGUGGAGUCCGUCUACCUUGGAACAGGUUUCCCCAUACCUGGGCCAGAUGAGGAAUCUUCACAAACUCUUCCUAGCACGGAUCCACAAGUAUAACUUUAGUGUUGAAAAUACUUCUGCAGACCCAGAGGAGAUGUGUGUCAGCAAGUUCAUUUCUCAGUUCUCUAAAUUCGACAGUCUCCAGCAUCUCUACCUGAAUGGUUUAUUCUUCCUCAGUGACCACAUGAAACAGUUGUUCAGCUGCCUGAAGACCCCCUUGGAGACCCUGUCCAUCUCUCGCUGCCUCUUUUCCCAGUGUGACUUGAAUUCCCUGUGCCAGUGUCAGAGCCUCCGUCAGCUGAAGCACCUGAGUGUGAGAGGUGUGGAAUUCUUUGAUUUAUGUCUUAUGGACAUGCGAGUUUUUCUGGAGAGAGUUGCAGACACCCUGCAGACCCUGGAAUUGGAGCACUGCGGGAUGCAGGACUCUCAGCUCAGUGCCUUCCUGCCUGCCCUCAGCCAGUGCUCCCAGCUCACCAAGGUCAAUUUCUAUGACAAUGACAUCUCCAUGGCCAUCCUGAGGGACCUUCUCCACCACACAGCCAACCUGAGCCAGUUGACCCUGGAGUUGUACCCUGCCCCUCUGGAGUGCUUUGAUGAUGUGGGUGAUAUCCUCCCAGAGAGAUUUGCACAAAUUUGUCUCCAGCUCAUGGAUGCACUGAUUGCCAUAAGGCAGCCCAAGACUGUGUCUUUUGCUACAAAUAUGUGCCUUGAGUGUUGUUCACGCUCUGUCUAUGACCUUGAGACCACACUCUGUCGUUGUUGGCAGUAA